UGUGGUUUGAUUCAAAAGAAGCUUCAGCGUUUCUGUUUGCACGUGUAGUUUCUGUUUUUUUGUAUUCGAUUGUUUGUGAAGAAUGUCAAGAUAUAUACUCUAAAGUACAGUACGGCAAAUACGGUACAUUGUGGUACAAAGGUGACCACGUGCUUCGCAUUUCAUUAAUUAUCGAUAACUGAUGAUCGUGGCUUAUGUGAUUACUGCAGUAAUUGGAUACAUCAUUUAUCUAGUGAUUAAAUUCAACGUCGAAGAGUGGUUCAAAGAAAGCAGAAUGAGUAAACUGAGUCUUAAGAAAGAUUAUAUGAGCAACAAAACACUCAAACAAUUUGAAAGCGAUUCAAUGUCUAGCCCAAGAAGUGCAAUUGAGAUUUCUAGUGAUGAAAGUGAUACUUCAAAAGUUGAUGACAUAUUAAAUUGUGAUGUAGAUUCAGAAGAUAUAUCGAUAUUACAUGAACAGUCUCAUGAUGAGACUCUGCUGAAGUUUACGAAAUCUACAGAUAGCGUACAAACGGAGGAGGAUGAGGAAAAUUCAAUGUUUGCAUCUACCUCGGGCAUAAAAGCCAAACAUUCUAUGUUUAGUUGGGAUCAGAAAAACACAAAUCUGAACAAAAAUAAUAAACAAACAUAUAGUGAUUCAGAUUCUGAUGAUAUCUACCAAAAUUUCCAAAGGCAUAAUAACAAACAAGGGAAGAAGCUCAAAAAGACUGAUACAACAGAAUUACCAUGCAAAAGUGAACAUACAGAAGAUGUUUGUCCUGAAGUAGCUAUACAAUAUGAACAAAUGAUAUCAGGAAUUAAAGUGAAGCUUCCCGUAAAACCAUAUUCUUGUCAAAUUGCUAUAGUAAAUAAGCUUAUACAAGCGUGCAAAGGAAAAGAAAAUUGUCUUUUGGAAAGUCCAACUGGAAGUGGAAAGACACUAGCUCUUCUCUGUGGGGUGCUCGCAUGGCACGAUCAGUACUCUGCGCAAGUGCGGGAGGCAAACGCGAAACUGGAGGAAGAGACCUACGGUUUCUCCGUUGAUGAAGAUUUUUCGAACUCCGACGAUAAUUGUGAUAAAAGAUGCAAGGAUGAAUGUGAUGAUGUGGAAGGCGACGAAAGUUGUUUCGAAAACGCCUUCAAGAACAAAAGAAAGAGAUUGAAAAUUCCAAAGAUAUACUAUGGCACAAGGACUCAUAAACAAAUUGAGCAAGUCGUAAGGGAGUUGAAGAAGACUGCGUACAAGCAUAAGAAAAUGACCAUUCUGAGCAGUCGAGAACACACUUGUAUACAAAAAUCCAAUAGAAAUAAGACAGACUUGUGUAAUGAUCUGCUGGACACUCAAAAGCACAGGGGAUGUCCAUAUUACAACGACAGCAACAAAAAGAUUCUUACGGAUUUCCGUGCAGUGGAAAGUCGUGGUUUGGGGCCAGUAUGGGACAUUGAAGAUCUGGUUGCUAUAGGGAAUAAUGAAGGUCUGUGUCCGUACUUUGCUGCGAGAAACCUAAUGCAGCACGCAGAUAUUAUUUUCUGUCCUUAUAAUUAUAUUGUUGACCCUAAUAUUCGUGAAAGUAUGCAACUCGAUUUAAAGGAGCAGGUAAUUAUUCUUGAUGAAGCCCACAAUAUAGAAGAUAGCUGCAGAGAGGUGGCUAGUGUCAAUUUCCGUGAAGAUCAUCUUCAGGCUACUGCUAUAGAAUGUGAGAGUCUCGCAAAACGGAGGCCCACUGAUGCUUUCACAUACACAACCAUAAAACUCUAUAUAUUAAAGCUACAUAAGUUCCUUAAGAGCAUUACACUUGACAAAGUUGAUUAUAAUCGUGAUAACAACCUGUCAAGCCCAUAUUGGACUGGAGCUGAGUUGAUGGAACUUUUUAAUAUGUACAACCUCGGAGAAUUUGAAUACCCUAAUUUUUUGACAGCCUGUAAUGCUGCAAUGCAGGAUAUGGUUAAAGCAAAGGAAGAAGGUCGGAAAAACUCUGAAAAGCCUAUUAUCUCUCCUAGUAGUAAAGUCUUAAUUGGACACCUGGUGUUUGCAUUGCGAAUGAUCACUUCCUCAGAGUUUAUGAAUGACUACAGGGCUUGUGUAAUUGAGACUACAGUGAAAGAUUUUAAAUAUGUAACAGACGACACGUGGUUGUCAACGAAAACGAAAGAGAACUGUGCUCGGGUCCUGAAACUGAUCUGCAUGAAUUCGGGAGUAAUCUUUUCGCCACUUGCUCAGGCGGCGCAUUGUAUAGUUCUCGCGUCUGGUACCCUAACUCCAACCGGCUCUUUCCAAAGUGAAUUGAACACGGCAUUUCCUCACGUGCUGAACACAGCGCAUGUGAUACCAAAGGAACAAGUGUACGCUACAUGCGUGCCAAAAGGACCAAACGGUGUUUCUUUGAAAGCAGACUACCAGAAUGUGAACAGCUGGAGCUUCCAGGAUGAAUUAGGAAAAGUAUUGCUAGAUAUUUGUGAGUCGGUACCUCAUGGAGUUCUAUGUUUCUUUUCCUCUUACAAUGUGAUGCAUACACAAAUGGAAAGAUGGAAGAAGAACUCCAUCUGGAAUAGAAUCACUAGUAUAAAGCAUGUGUUCAUAGAGCCUCGUUUUGGAAGUGAUUUAAAUAGUAUUAUGAAUAAUUAUCGAGAAAUUAUAGGAGACACUUCGACUGGACCGAAAGGAAAAAUCAACGGUGCCUUAUUCCUAGCAGUUUUUAGAGGAAAAGUUGCCGAAGGAAUCGACUUUCGAGACGACGAAGCUCGCUGUGUGGUAACGGUUGGUAUACCGUACGCGGUAAGAAAGGAUCCGGUAAUUGAUAUGAAAUACAAAUAUAACGACUUAAAUACAGGGAGCUUGUUAAAAGGCUCAGAAUGGUACUCGAUCCAAGCGUUCAGAGCUUUGAAUCAAGCAUUGGGUCGUUGCUUGAGACACAUCAACGAUUGGGGGGCAGUAUUAUUAGUGGACGAAAGAUUUUUAUUGCCGUCUAACAAGGAGAAACUUCCGAAAUGGAUUAAAACAAUGUGGAUCACACAGAAUAAAUACGACUUGAGAAAACAACUUCGUGAUUUUGUUAGUAGACAGAAAGCCAGGGAAACCACAGCACAAUGUUCAUUAUGAUAUUAUGAAUAAUCAUUUUUCUUUAUGUUUUAAGCUAUUUUAUUUUACUAUAAAAUAUUUUACAAUAUAUAAAAUUAAGCAUA